AAAUAGCCGUGAGCCGCCCGAACGUGCUCCCUGUGAAGCCCCGCAGAGGGAGGAGAGGAGGUGGGUGCGGAGCGUGUCGUGGGGCCUGGCUCGGGCCGAGCGAGGGGAAGGAGAAGCCUCUGGAAAGGGUGAGCUCGGGACGCAGAGCUGGAGGCCAACAGACCAUGGAGCUGAAAUGGCUACUGUAUGUGACCCUGCUAGCUCUUGGGAUCCUUGCUGCCCAGGCACAUGAUAUGGAUGAAGACAACGAUGCUGAUGAUGUAGUUGAUAUCGAGGAUGACUUGGACGAUGGCAUUGAGGAGGUAGAAGAGUCAAAAUCUGAAACAAGCAGUCCUCCUCCAGCUCCAAAGGUUACCUACAGGCCCCCAGUCCCAACUGGUGAAGUGUAUUUUGCAGAGUCAUUUGAUAAAGGAACUCUGGAUGGAUGGAUCCUUUCCAGAGCCAAGAAAGAUGAUACAGAUGAUGAGAUUGCAAAAUAUGAUGGUAAAUGGGAAGUCCAAGACAUGAAGGACACUAAGCUUCCAGGAGACAAAGGGCUUGUACUGGUGACCCGAGCCAAGCAUCACGCGAUUUCAUCCAAACUUUCAAAGCCAUUUGUGUUUGAUACCAAACCCCUUAUUAUACAGUAUGAGGUAAACUUCCAAAAUGGAAUAGAAUGUGGUGGGGCCUAUGUGAAAUUGCUUUCAAAAACCCCGGAGCUGAACCUGGACCAGUUCCAUGACAAAACUCCAUAUACAAUAAUGUUUGGCCCUGACAAAUGUGGAGAGGACUAUAAAUUGCACUUCAUCUUCCGGCACAAAAACCCAAAGACUGGCAAAUAUGAGGAGAAACAUGCAAAGCGUCCAGAUGCAGACCUGAAGAGUUACUUCACUGAUAAGAAGACUCAUCUUUAUACUCUAGUCUUGAAUCCUGAUAAUAGUUUUGAGAUACUGGUUGAUCAAACGGUUGUCAACAGUGGGAAUUUGCUAAAUGAUAUGUCUCCUCCUGUGAAUCCACCCCGAGAGAUUGAGGACCCAAAUGACCAGAAACCUGAGGACUGGGAUGAGAGACCAAAAAUCCCAGACCCAGAUGCUGUUAAACCAGAUGACUGGGAUGAGGAUGCUCCUGCAAAGAUCGCAGAUGAAAACGCUGUGAAACCAGAGGGCUGGCUGGAUGAUGAGCCAGAAUAUGUAGCAGACCCUGAUGCUGAGAAGCCUGAAGAUUGGGAUGAAGAUAUGGAUGGUGAAUGGGAGGCACCUCAGAUUGCAAAUCCUAAAUGUGAGGCAGCUCCUGGCUGUGGUACCUGGCAGCGCCCAAUGAUUGACAAUCCAAACUACAAAGGCAAAUGGAAACCUCCUAUGAUUGAUAACGUGAACUAUCAGGGUAUAUGGAAACCUAGGAAGAUCCCAAACCCGGAUUUUUUUGAAGACUUGGAACCUUUCAAGAUGACUCCCUUCACUGCUGUGGGACUUGAGUUAUGGUCCAUGACAUCUGACAUCUUUUUUGACAACUUUAUCAUUUGUACUGAAAGAGCUGUGGCUGAUGAUUGGGCCAAUGAUGGAUGGGGACUGAAAAAGGCAGCUGAUGGUGCUGCAGAGCCUGGUGUUGUGGGCCAGAUGAUGGCAGCUGCUGAAGAGCGUCCCUGGCUUUGGGUUGUCUACAUCCUCACUGUGGCUUUGCCAGUGUUCCUUGUUGUCCUUUUCUGCUGUUCUGGGAAGAAACAGCCAAGUGCUGCAGAAUACAAAAAGACUGAUGCUCCUCAGCCUGAUGUGAUGGAUGAUGAGAAAGAGGAAGAAAAAGACAAAGGGGAAAAAGAAGAGGAAGAGGAGGAAGAGGAAGCAAAUGAGGAAAAGCUGGAAGAAAAGCAGAAAGGUGAUGCUGAUCCAGGAAAUGCUAGUCAAGAGGAGGAGGAAGAGGAGGAGGAUGAUGACCGGAAACGUGCAUCAGAGGAGGAGGAAACUGUGAAUAGAUCACCCAGAAACAGAAAGCCAAGGAAAGAUUGAAAAAAGUCAUAAGAACUUGAUCUGUGAUUUUUUUUUUUUGGUUUUUUUUUUUCUUUUGUUUUGAAACAUGGUUCUGGGAGAGGACCUUGGACACCUUACAUUGAAACUUGGACAAACCUCAAGAUUUCACCAUCCACAGGUUCCAGUCACACUAUCCAAUGUAAUGGAGUGUCUAGCAGUAAAAUAUUUGCAAUCAUCUGUUUUAAAGAGCAUCAUUCCUGUAGAAAGAAUGCAUUUAAUAUAAUGGGCUGUGGAUUUUGGAAUGUAACAUAACUAACCUUUUCAUUUUUGGUUUUAAAUAUUCUUUUCUGUUUUUAAGUAGAUUGGUAGAAUUUUUCCAGCCUCAAACCUUGGCUUAAUUUAAUAUAUUAAUUAGUGAAAUAUAACAAUGAAUCUUGAAAGUGCUAGGUGAUAAUGCAGUUUUAUAACUAGUUUUUUUUACAAAUAUGUAAAUUCCUAAAUGCACCAAUGUCUUUAUAUCCCUUAAAAUUUGGUAAUUGUUUAAAGAAAAGUUGUCAAUGUCUUUGACAACCCCUCUGCCCUCAAAAGAAAAAAACUAGGGGGGAUGUAUGGGGAAACAAGUAGUGAAACUGUAAUUAAUGAACUUCAUUCUUUUGGUGGGGAGGGAAAAGAGGAAGAAGGGGUGGAAGGAGGGGGUUAGACAGUCUAUAGCAUAUGAUACUGUGCAUGGCUAAAGCCCUGUUAAGUGUUGACAAACGAUCUGGGAUUUGGAGUGGGUCAUGUUAAUGUGGCAUUUCAUCCUGCAGACCUUGCAGAUAACCGAUUUUGUUUGUUCUUGAGCUCUUUUUGUGAAGCUGAGGGUUUGGGGGGAGGUGUGGUUAGGCUACUUCCCCCUUUCCCCUCUGCUCAGCCACCGAUUCUUUCCUCUCUGUGUGAAGAUACAGCUCUUCCUGAGAGCAGCUCUGCCUCAGUUGCUGAAGCACUUCAUGUUCAGCUCAUUGUCAAGCUCGAUUUCAUAGCUAGGCCUACUCCUUUCCAGGGUCCAAACACUGAAUAAGACAGUGUCCCAUAUCCUCUCACUGUUGUCACUGUAUGUCUACUGUAGAAAUGGGGGAGGUAGGCAGGUACACAAGUUGAACUGAGUAUUUGUUAAGGGAAAAAAAAAAGAAAAAAAAAAACACAACCAAGAUGUCAGUAUUGUAGGUGGGGAAGGAGCAUGUGGAAUAUCUUAACUGGUAUGUGAAACUGUUUAAGUCCUUUAUCUGCUCUUCAUGUAACAAGUGCAUUCUAAAUUAUAUUGUGAAUGUUAGGGAGUUCCAAUUCCAGCUGAAUAAAUUUUUUUAAAGCGU